GUAGAUUUUGCUCAAAAUACACUCAGUCACAUGUUUGCUAUAGUCUUGUGAACACGUAUCAUGCCGUGGGAACGACCAGCCAGUGUGCCAAUAGGACAGGUUUGGAGCAGGUUCAAAGGCCGCGAAAGGGAUGGGAAACCAGCACAUAUGUAUCAAAUAAGGGAUAUGGAUGAGAACAUGAAGAAAACAUGCCUCGACAUGAUGCAGGAGACGUUCUUAAGAGAUGAACCACUUAGCACAGUCUUAGGCAUUACCCAGGACCCAGUAUCGAUAGCUUCGAUUAGAGCUGGAUGGGAGAGUUAUGUAGCCCAAAAUGUGAGUCUGGCUUGCUUUACGGAGGUCAACGGAGAGCCAGAUGAGCUGGUCGGCUUCAACAUCAUCCUUGUGAAGAGUAUAGAUGAUGAGGAGGAGGAUUUCGAUCAGGUACAAGGUGAAGCGUGGAAGAAACUCCUGAAAACGUUAAUAGCAACUGAAGGACUAUUAAAUGUAUUUAAACAUUACAAUAUAGAUAAAUAUUUGACAUCCAGUGGUCUAACGGUGCUGCCAUCGCAUAGAGGACAAAAUAUUGGAGCGAAACUCUUCGCAGCAAGGGAGCCGCUGUGCAAAGCCCUAGGGCUCCAAGCGACUGCAACAGUGUUCACAGCUAUGGCGUCGCAAGUCUUAGCCGCUAAAUGUGGGUUCGAGGUGUUGGCUGAACUGAAAUACAGUGACAUGAUUGAACAAGGGGUCGACCUGACUGGCUGCCAGACUCCUAGCGCUAAACUAAUGGGGACCAAGUUUAAGUUUUAAAAUAGUAUUUUAAAUUA